CUGUAGGCAACAAAGAACACAAUAUCAUGGGAAAAGUGAGACGCGUUCGACAGAAGUACCACUCCAGCCUUUCCAAGAAUACCCAAAAUGCAACAGGAAAUGACGACACGGGCACAGAUAUUCCAAAGCUGGUUCCCAUCGCGAAGAAAAAAGCAGAUCAGACUGGAAAAUCAAGUGGGAACAUAUUUGCCGGCUUAGAGAUCAACUUAGGGGGAGCCAAAAAACCCGCAACUAACAAAGACGAGGCAAUGGACACCACGGCCUCAGAUUCUGCAGACCAAAGGAACAAAGGCAAGAGGAUCAAGAAGGGGAGGAUAAAACAGCGUCAUCAGGACCUAAUGAAAAAAAUUGAUGCCAUCCAAGCAGGCAAACAGGCAGAGAAAGAACGCAAGAAACGCGAAAAGACGAAAGUUGUGGGAGACUUGCAUCCCAUGCUUAACGCGCUGCCAACAUUAGAGGAACUGAUUGCAAAUGCCAACAAGCAGCAGACAACUACAAAGAAGGGAACAGGUUUAAAGAAACAGAAGGAAGCAAAGAAAGACUUCAUGAGCGACAUACAGUUGAUGUUAGCAGUUCACAAGGACAAGAUAUAUAAUGAUGACCCAUUUGAUGCUGUUACUACGGCAGUGAGAAACCGAGUCCUGAAUGAUCAGGAGGGAUUGUAAUAAAACAUAUUGUUUUCUUGAUAUAUAUAUAUAUAUUAUAUAUAUAUAGACACAAACACUUUUUCUAGGAAUAUAAUUAUAAAA